CAGCUGAUGUUUAUUUGAUUGACUUCCUGAUGUAUGCUGUACGGAGUACCUAUAGAACUAGUACUUUGCUGUUGAUUAUAUCAAAUCUAUAGAUUUACAAUGACUUCCUCUGAAUGCAAACCGUGGGCUCAGCUUGUGUGUACCACAGAUACAGAUUCGGAACCCAUUACUAUUGACAAAGAUAAGUUUACGAUUGGAAGAGCGAAAGACUGUGAUCUCUCUAUGCCUGCAAACCGCUUGGUCUCUGGAAAGCACUGUUUCAUACAAAAAGAUGGAUCUGGGAGAGUUUGGUUGUAUGAUACAAGUACUAAUGGAACAUUAGUGAACAACAAGGCUAAAAUAUCAAAAGGAGAAAGCACUGAGCUGAAUCAUGGAGAUGAGAUUCAUGUAGUUUUCAAAAAGGGAGAUGAAGAACAGAAUGUUAGUUACCUGUACCAGUCCAUGGCAGAGUUGGAACGUGAAAUGUUAGAUGAAACCCAGGAGUAUACUGCAGAUCUUAGUGAUAUCAAGGAAGACUCAGAUGAAGAGCCAGUGCAUGUACAAAAGAGAUCUGCAGAGGAAGCAUUUGGCAGUGAUGAUUCAACAGAACCAAAGAAAAUCAAACCUGGAAAAGUUGGAGAGGAUUUACAAAAUGAUUCUAAGGAUCACUUUGAGAACAAACCCUCAAAAAAGAAACACUCCGAGACAGAGAUUUCAGGCGGAGGACAUAAGUCCUAUAACGUAGAUUCUGUAUCCAGAUGGCAUGAGCAGUCAGCACUGCAUACUUAUGAUAAAGAACAGGAUGAUGAUAUGGAAAUGAGGGUCAAGAAGUUAGCUAGGGAUGAAAUAGAAGAAACGUUGCUGUGUUCCAUAUGUCAAGAUAUUUUACAUGACUGUGUUAGCCUCCAGCCUUGCAUGCAUUCCUUUUGUGCUGGUUGUUAUUCGGAUUGGAUGGAAAGAUCACAUGAAUGCCCAUCAUGUCGGUACAAGGUAGAGAGGAUCAACAAAAAUCACAUUGUAAACAAUCUUGUGGAUGCUUACCUGAAGGCCCAUCCAGAAAAAAGAAGAUCUGCAGAAGAUUUGCAAGAAUUGGAUGCUAAAAACAAAAUUACAAAGGACAUGCUAUAUCCACCACGUAAGAAGAGGUACAGUGAUGAUGAGGAUGAGCAGUAUUCUGACAGCUCUGGAAGCCAGUCUGAUAUUGAUAGUGAUAUUACUACCCCUGCCUUUCCUGCUCCCAUAGCUCGCAUUGGAGGAUUUGUCUUUGGAGGUGAUGGGCCACCAAGAGCCGUGUGUAGGUCCUGUCCCGGGCACAGACCUUUGCAAAUGGUGACCCCAGCUGCCACAGUGCCUGCUGCUACUACAGCAGUUCCUCAGACAGCCGCUGUCUCAUCUCCAACUGAUGCAGCUUCUGGGGAUUGUAAUGCAGCCACCCAAGGGAAUGCUACUAGUUCCCCUCAAAACCAAUUACAUUCCACACCAGGAACCAGUGCUAGUGAAGGAACCUCUUCCAGUGCUGGGGGGGCUGGUCCAUCCACAGCAACUUCUGCAGAUGUGAAGCGAAUGCCUCAGGCACCUGUCUAUAUAUGCACUCCUCAGCAAAACCACAUCUUAUGCCAGUGUUGCUUUGAGCCCAUGCCAGAUAGACGGCAUCUGCAGUUCACUGACCCGGAAAUGCCAAGAAUGCAGUGUGCCAUAUGUCACAGGACCUUCUGUCAUGCAUACUGGGGCUGUAGAAGAGCAGCAUGUCUUGGUUGUCUCGAUAGGUUUAGAGAUUUGAACUUGGGUCAACAAUGCCUAGAUCACAUUAUAUUGGACAAUGCCUAUGAGUCGAGGAUAUUCAAGGAGUAUUUGCAAGCUGAGAAUUUAAGUGUCCACGAUGUUCUCCGCAAAUGUUUAACCAAACUGGAUGCCAGAGACUACACUUGUCCAGACAAUGCAAGGCUGGAGCACCUGACAUCAGAAACUUACAUAUGCUAUUCUUGUGGCUUGCGCAAUUUCAAGGAACUUGCCUAUGAAUUUAGAAGGGAUAUACCUGCAGACAAACUGCCAGCAACUGUAACUGCCAGACCCAACUGCUACUGGGGCCGAAACUGCAGAACACAGAGACACAAGCCACUUCAUGCUCAGAGAUUCAACCACAUCUGUGAGCAAACCAGGACACUCUGAUAUUGGCAUAUUUUUUGUGGAGAGGCAAAUAUUCCAUGCAUGCAGGACCACAAGAAUGCAGAAUAUUAAUAUUAAACUUUGUUAAAGUGAAAGACUGGAAUCUAGAAAUAAAUUUUGCAAUUUUGUCAUUUUUAGUAAAUGAGACAUGAAAUGUCAACUGAGAAAUUUUAUCUUAGUCAUUUCAGGCAAUUGGUUUACUUUGUCAUCUUUAUC